AAGGCAUUUGUAUCGUCUCUUCCGCCAAAAUUGGAAAUGGAUAUCGGAGCUUGAGCUAAGAACAAUCCAAAUUAGGGUUAUCUUUGCCGAAUUCUCAAGCAAUCUCUCGAGGGGUUUCGAUGGUGAGGAACGGGAUUGGGAACACGGGAGUGAAGAAGAAUGGGGCUGGGGAGUUUUUCCUGGCGACGCUGCUUCUUUGGCUGGUCUCCGUCGUGUUUGAGAUUGCUUUCAAUCUCCGGACGGAGCUUCUAUGGGUGAUUUGCGGUGGAUGUUUCUUUCAAUUGAUGAAUUGGGUGGUUCGUUCUUGGAUUUCUCGUGACCCUCUCUUUGUUAAUACCUCUGUCUCGCUAUUGCACUCAAUCAUCACCUCCGCAUCAGUGGUUUUCAUUCUGCUCAAUCAAUGCUUAGCCAAAGGUUUAGACGAGAUGUUCGAUCAUUCUGAGUUGGUUGGUGGUACUUGGAAAUGGGCAUAUCCAGCUUUGUGUUUCUCAUGCGGCUACUUUGCAUAUGACCAGUGGGAUAUGCUUCAGUACCGGUUGUACAGCGGCUUGAUACCUUCCAUUCUGGUUCACCAUCUCGUCCUCCUUGUUUGCUUCACAUUGGCUCUAUACCGAAAUGUAACCAUCAACUACCUGAUUCUUACUCUCAUCUGUGAGAUGCAUUCGAUCUUUCUACACGUGAGGAAGCUAAGGAGAAUGGCGGGAAUCCGAGACAGCAACACAGCAUUGGUGAAACUGGAGUGGGUACUAAACUGGACAGCCUUUGUGUUUGCGAGGUGCAUUCCUCACAUUCUCAUCACUAUCAAGCUGAUCAAAGACGCACACAAGUUUGGGAAAGGCGUGGAGUUACCGCUCGCUUUGUCUGGUAUGGCGGGAAUGAACAUCCUCAAUGUCGGCCUCGGAUUGGAUCUGUUUCAUGCUUUUAGAAGAGAGAGAAGCAACAGAAGGAAUCAAGAGAACAACAACCAUCACGACCAUGGAGAAUAAUAGCUAAUUUAGAAGCCAUCUAUUACCGAUGCUAUGGUUUGUUGUAUGACUAGUACCCACUCAUCUCUUGUUUAUCUAAUAGCUUUCGGAUUUGUAUGUACUCUAUAGGAAAACUAUAUGUAAAUCUUAUUUGUUGAUGAUUACAGAGUUUUUUUUUUU